AUGUUGCUCACAGAUCUUAGAUGUACAGUCCAGUCCUUGGAGAUUGACCUGGACUCAAUGAGAAAUCUGAAGGCCAGCUUGGAGAACAGCCUGAGGGAGGUGGAGGUCUGCUACGCCCUGCAGAUGGAGCAGAUCAAUGGGAUCGUGCUGCACCUUGAGUCAGAACCGGCACAGACUGGGGCAGAGGGGCAGUGCCAGGCCCAGGAGUACAAGGCCCUGCUGAACAUCAAGGUCAAGCUGGAGGCUGAGAUCACCAUUUACUGCCACCUGCUGGAAGAUGUCAAACUGGAGGCUGAGAUCGCCACCUACUGCCGCCUGCUGGAAGAUGGCGAGGACUUCAAUCUUGGUGAUGCCCUGGACAGCAGCAACUCCAUGCAAACCAUCCAAAAGAAAACCACCGGCCGGAGGGUGGAUGACAAAGAGCUGUCUGAGAUCAACAAAGUGCUGUCUGAGCCAGCAGAAGCAGGGUACCCUUUGGGGAGCAAGAGACCAAUAAAAAGUUCAGAGUCCCCGCUGCCCCCGGAGGGCUCUGCGGCCUCCUGGGAGGGAUCCUGGCGGGGAGGAGGCGGAGCCAGGCGGCCCAGGAGCCCUAAGGUUGGCGGGGCUGGAGAAUUCCGGGAGACCCAAACGGGCCACGCCAGCCCAAGUAAGGAUCCGCCCUCCUCCUCCGCCGGAUUCCGGGGCUGGGGGUCAUUCGUCCCGCCGGUUCCCGAGCGGACGUGGGAGUUGUCUGCCCGCGGGGAGUCUGAGGACCGGGACACCCGCCCUGCUGCGUGCUCAACCUGGCCGUGGCCUUGGUGGCGGCACCGCCUUGGAGCCCCUGAGCCAGGAGAAGCGAGGGUUACGGGGGUGGCGGCAGGCGGGGAACCUGACACUCCAGGCGCCUGGUUGGGGAAAAGGCUGCGAGUGCGUGCCACUGCCAGAUCAUGCUGGUCAUCUAAUGCAAGGCAAGCUUCUAUUGUUCUUCUCUGGUCAUGGAUGGGUUGGAUGGCAGCACAGAACCAUCUGCAGAUGCCUAGCAAACAGAUACAAAAAAGAAAUGUUGACAUCGCCUUGGAAAAAAUCCCAUGUUGGCCAGCUGGAAAAUAAGAUAUCAUGGGGAGGAGAAGCAAGGUGUCCCUGUUGACAACCCCACAAGCAGAACAUCACCCCCAGAAGCACAGCUGCCUAGUCAACGAGCAGCUGACGACACAUGUCUGAAGGAGCUCAGCUGAAACCAGAAGAAUGGCCCCACUGAGCCCAGCCUAAAUGGCUGACCAUCUCAAUUAUGAACUAAUAAGUUUUGGAUGAUUUGUUAUGCUGCAAUAGCUAACUAAUACAUGCACUCACUGCAGAUAGGAUGCCAGGAUUCAAUGACAGGUUGAUUACUAGUUAUCUUCUAACAGUGGGCACCCUAUAGGUACUGAUUUUUUCCCCUGAUUUAAAGUUGGGUGACUUGUAAGAGAAUGUUGAGUAAUGCAGAAAUACAGGUAGACAUGUAUGUAUGUGAUUGGUGCUUAUACCCACACACCCUCCACACCACAGGAAAAAACAGAUAACCAUACUCUGACAAUUAGGGCCAAGGCCAAAUAGCAAAAUAAGCUUGCUUUUAAUCUAUCUUCUCCAUAUCUAAGCAUUGGAGGUCAAGCGUGUGGACAGAAUUGAAGACACAGAGUUUUUUAUCCUGUGACCCCAACAUCCUUUGUUCACUGUCUGAUCUCUGGAAGAAAAGUGGACAACAGGUGGCCAGCAGUGGUCUACGUGCAGUUAUUUUAUUCCUGCUGCCACCUGCUCUUUUGAUGGCCACUAUCUAUUCCACCCUUAGAACUGAAGAAAGAUGUUGGUAGGGAGAGGCUCUGCCUUCACUUCUGGCAGAAAAGGAAUGUUCAGUUCAUUCACCCCCCUGACAUCAGAGCUGCACUUCAAUGUGGCAGCUAUUGGCCAUGUGUGCCUCCUGAGUGACUGGAAUGUGGCUGGUCUGAACUGUGAUGUGCUAGAAAGGUAAUAUACAGAGUUAGUUUCAAAUGUUUAUAUACAUUAUUAAUAAUUACACAUUCCUCACACAUUACAAUGAUAAUAUUAUGGACAUAUUGGGUUAAUUAAAUUGUUACAAUCGAUUCAA